AUGGACAGAAGUGCGAGAAACAAGGUUGUUUCGGAGGUAUUCAGUAUGUUAAGAAGUAAAAACGAAUGUUCAGAUAAGGAAGAAGAGAAGUAUUCAACCUUGGCCAGCGAGGCCUGUAGAGAGGCGGUUGAUACAUUUUCAUUAGUGGAUGACUCUUCAUAUGACAAGCCGGCAUAUUCGUAUGCUACACUCAUUACCCAGGCCAUUAUAGAUAGCAGUGAGCGGAAACUAACCCUGCGUGAGAUAUAUGCUUGGAUUAUGAACAAGUAUCCGUACUUUAGAAGACAGCGAGGUGGGUGGCAGAAUUCAAUUAGGCACAACCUUUCGCUGAACAAGUGUUUCUAUAAGAUACCACGAGCGCACAACGAUCCUGGGAAAGGGUCUUACUGGACAGUAGAUUCAGAGUACUUGAAUGUGUUCAAUCCGAAUACUAAAUCACGACGACCGGCUGAGUCUGCUUUUAGAGAGGCAGAUGCUGGGUUUAAGAAGUUUUCUGAUAGUAAGUCUUCGUUUUCAGAGAUGCUUAAUACUGAGAAGAACUUCUUUGAUUCCAUAGGGGUUUCGGAUAAGCAUAUGUUUUCCAAAUCGUUCGAUUCUUCGAUCUUUGAUGGUAACCUUAGAGAUAUCAAUGAUGAUAGUUUUGAAAAGAUUCUUACUCAGAAUGAAGACUCUAUCCAUGGCGGGACUUCACAGUUCUUCAAGUUUACCAAGUAG